AUGGGCGAGGGCGGGCUGGCCCCGGCCUUGCAGCUGCUGCUGCGCGCCUGCGACCAGGGCGACACGGAGACGGCUCGGCGGCUGCUGGACCCGGGGGCGCCGGCCCCGGCGGAGCGCGGCGCGGAGCCCGAGACGGGUGCGGAGCCCGGCGGGGCCGAGGCGGCCGGGGCGCCGGUGCCCGUGGAUAGCUCGGACGAGGCGGGCAACACGGGCCUGCAGUUCGCCGCGGCCGGGGGCCACGAGCCGCUGGUGCGCUUCUUGCUGCGCCGGGGCGCCUCGGUCAACAGCCGCAACCACUACGGCUGGAGCGCGCUCAUGCAGGCGGCCAGGUAUGGACAUGUGAGUGUGGCCCACCUGCUUUUAGAUCAUGGAGCUGAUGUCAAUGCCCAAAACCGGCUUGGGGCCAGCGUGCUCACUGUGGCCUCGCGUGGUGGUCACCUGGGCGUGGUGAAGCUGCUACUGGAAACUGGAGCCUCUGUGGAUCACCACCACUUCUCCAGCGAGCAGCCAGGGGCAGGAGAUGGCAGGGAGGAACUGCUGGGCAUCACGGCCCUGAUGGCCGCUACCCAGCACGGGCACGAGGCUGUGGUACGUUUGCUGACAGAGUGGUGUGCAGACCCCAACCGGGCAGCUCGGACGGUGGGCUGGAGUCCGCUGAUGCUGGCGGCACUUACAGGGAGGCUGGGCGUGGCCCAGCAACUGGUGGAGAGGGGGGCCAACCCUGACCACCUGAGUGUGCUGGAGAAGACGGCUUUUGAGGUGGCCCUCGACCGGAAGCACAGGGACCUGGCAGACUACCUGGACCCCCUCACCACUGUCAGGCCCAAGACAGAUGAAGAGAAGCAUCGACCCGAUAUUUUCCAUGCAUUGAAAAUGGGGAACUUCCAGAUGGUCAAAGAGAUCGCCGAUGAAGACCCCAACCAUGUGAACCUGGUCAAUGGAGACGGGGCCACCCCACUGAUGCUGGCAGCUGUCACUGGGCAGCUGCCACUGGUGCAGUUACUGGUGGAGCGACACGCUGAUGUGGACAAGCAGGACAGCGUGCAUGGCUGGACGGCCCUUAUGCAGGCCACCUACCAUGGGAAUAAGGAAAUAGUUAAGUAUCUGCUGAACCAAGGGGCCGACGUGACUCUGCGUGCAAAGAACGGGUACACAGCUUUUGACCUGGUGAUGCUGCUCAGUGAUCCUGACACGGAGCUUGUUCGGCUGUUGGCAUCUGUGUGCAUGCAGGUGAAUAAGGACAAAGGCCGGCCCAGCUGCCCACCACCACCACCCCACGCCAAGGCCCACCAGCUCUGGAACGCCCCCACAUUGCCUGAUGACAAGGGUGGCCUGAAGUCCUGGUGGAGCCGGAUGUCCAACCGCUUCCGAAAGCUCAAACUGAUGCAGACACUACCCCGUGGGCUGUCCAACAACCAACCACUUCCCUUCUGUGAUGACCCUGAGCCUGCCCUGGACUCCACCAUGCGGGCACCUCCCCAGGACAAGACAAGCCACUCAGUGCUCCCUGAUGUGGCCACCACUGCCAAAGAUAAGGGUCUUGGGAUCAUAAGGGGAGAAAAGGAAGACGUGUUACUGACCACCAUGCUUCGGAAUGGAGCCCCCUUCACCCGACUUCCAAGUGACAAACUGAAGGCCGUCAUCCCCCCUUUCUUACCUCCUUCCAGCUUUGAGCUGUGGAGCUCUAAUGGGUCCCGAACUGGCCAUAGUGGGAAGGUUGAGCCCACAAAGACGGUGCCACCACAGAGAGCCAGCAGAGGCCAUCCUACAGGGGGAAGGGACACAGACACUACCCCCGUCAGGCCGGUAAAAUUUCCGUCUCUCUCCAGAAGCCCCACCUCUCCCACCAACUCUGGAAACUUCAACCAUUCACCUCAUUCUUCCAGCGGCUCCAGUGGAGUGGGGGGCAUCAGCAGGGAGCUGCAUAACCGCUCAGGUGGCAGCAUUGACAGUGUCCUGUCACAGAUCGCCGCUCAACGAAAGAAGGCUGCGGGGCUCUCAGAGCAGAAACCUGGCCACCGGUCAAGUCCAGUGGGCCCAGCUCCGGGCUCUGUUCCGCCUGAGCUCCCGGUCUCCCCUGCAGCAGGGAGCAGGCCCGGAGGCAAGGUACAUCUGGAGAUGAAUAAACAGCCUUCGUCUGGAGCUUCCACUGCCUCCAAGAGUACCUCUCCCACGCUUACCCCAUCACCAUCACCCAAGGGCCAUGCAGCUGAGUCCUCUGUGUCUUCCUCCUCAUCCCACCGGCAGUCCAGGAGCAGCGGGGGCUCCAGCAGCGGCACAAUCACUGAUGAGGAUGAACUGACUAGAAUCCUUAAGAAAUUAUCCCUUGAGAAGUACCAGCCCAUUUUUGAGGAGCAGGAGGUGGACAUGGAAGCCUUCCUCACCCUCACUGAUGGUGACCUGAAGGAGCUCGGCAUUAUGACAGAUGGAUCCAGACAGCAGAUUCUGGCCGCGAUUUCGGAGCUGAAUGCAGGCAAGGGACGUGAGAGACAGAUCUUGCAGGAAACCAUCCACAACUUUUACUCCUCCUUUGAGAGCAGCGCCAGCAACACCAGAGCCCCUGGGAACAAUCCCUGUAGCUGAUCCUGUAUCCUAGGGCCCCAGCGCCACCCUCAGAGGCCCUGCACAGUGGAAGCUCUGUGUCUGUCUGCGCCCUGGAACAUGCCGUGCUCAGUC